AUGGUGUACUCUUCAGAUGACAGGAUUAUGACUAAAAGAAUCAUAGACGAGUCUGAUGAGUCGAGGAAAAAAAUUAAUAAGAACUUUCUGGGAGACGAAAUAAGUAAUUUUUUUAACGAACAAGUUUGGGGAGAAGAUUUUCAAGAUGAUCUUAAGAGUGAAGUGAAAAAUAGUGAACCGUAUCGUUGGGGAACUAUAAAAAAUCUCAUUGAUGAUUCCUUAUUGAGGCUGGUCAGAAAGGAAGUGCUCAAUGAGAUAGCCUUCACAAAAAAGGAAACUGAUAUAUAUAAAGUUUAUCAGUCUGGAGACUUGGCGAAUCUUUCUGGAUUGGACUGGGAUGAUUUAUCAAGAUUACCAUCAUUGUACAAGUUGAGAGCAGCAAUUUACUCAGAGCAGUUUCGAGAUAUAGUAUCUAAGAUCACUGGCUGUGGAAAGCUUAGUGGGGUCAAAACUGAUAUGUCCAUCAACACUUACCUGAAGGGAUGCCAUUUAUUGACUCACGACGACGUUAUUGGCUCCAGAAGAGUCAGCUUUAUCUUAUACUUGCCAAACCCUGAUAAGAAAUGGAAGUCACAUUAUGGUGGGGCUUUGAGGUUAUUUCCAGCAAUUGUUCCGAAUGUCCCUCAUACCGAUUACCAAGUAAAGCUCGUCCCACAGUUCAAUCAAAUUGCAUUUUUUACCGUUCAACCGGGACUCUCAUUCCAUGAUGUAGAAGAAGUAAGGACAGAUAAGAAGCGAUUGUCCAUCCAAGGAUGGUUCCACAUUCCUCAAGAAGGGGAGAAUGGUUAUAUCCCUGGGGAGCAAGAGGAUACAGAAGCGAAGUCGACUUUACAACAGUUACAAAGCAAAGAACUACAGGAUUACGAUUUUCCGAAACCUUUGAGGAACGAUUUCUCCUUUGAAGAAAUCUCAUCUUACGCAUCAUUAACUGAAUUGAAUGAGGAUGAUGUCGAAUAUUUGUCAAAAUUCUUAAAUAUCUCUUACUUGAACAAAGACUUCUUGGAGAAGGUAAAUGCAACAUUUUUAGAUGAAAGCGUUAUUGAAUUGAAGGACAUUUUAAAUCCCAAGUAUGCAUCAAAUCUCAAAGGAUUGCUUGAGAAAACGGAAUUGGAUGAAGAAAUGCCAAUUCGUUCGAAGGACGUGAAAUUUCCUUGGAAAUGUGCCGUCCCGCCCCACAAACAAAGAUAUAUGUAUAUUGACGGAAAAUCUUCUUUUGACCUCAACAAAAGCAGUAUAGACUUCGUCAAUAAUAUUGGACCCCAGGAAUUACCGAAUUUUAACUUGGUGCAUGGCAGCAAGACAGACAACGCAUUAACUGAAUUGGCUUCAUUUUUGAAAUCUCGUUCUUACAAAAAGUGGUUAACACUUCUUACCAGCAUGAUUCCAACAAGUGAUCAAGUUUUGAUAAGAAGAUUUCGUCCAGGUUCAGAUUUCAUUCUUGCUACUCCAACGGAGAAAAAUAUAGCUAGAAAUGAUGAAUUAAACAUCUUAUUGGAAGCGACUUUGAACUUGACUCCUACAGCUUCAGAUCCAAAAAACUGGGCAUCUGGUGAAUUUGGGGGAUAUGAAUUGUGCAUGGGCAUGGGUGGAGGUAGCAGUGCUGGAGAGGAAGAAGAUGAUCCGGCAAUUUACAAAUCCUCUGAUCCAAAUGAUGACAGCAUCCUAUAUACCAGUCAAUGCUCGUGGAAUUCUCUCACUUUAAUGCUAAAAGAUCCAUCGGUAUUGAAAUUCAUAAAAUACGUAAGUAUUAAUUCCAAAGGCUCUCGAUGGGAUGUAAGCUGUCAAUGGAAUAUCAAGGAAGCUAAUGCGAGUGAUAACUCAACCUGA